CUAAUUUGCUUCGCUAAAUAGCGAUCCUCCUUCGUAUCGUUGCUCCUCUUAUACAGUUCAACUCCUUCCUUUGACUAUACCUGGUCGCCAAACGUAGAUUCAGCCAGAUUUGAAGCAGCAAACGUGUGGCGCACGUAUGUCGACGUUCGGGAACAGUAGCGUCGCCUCUUCCAGUAGCUCGCGGUCGACGUCGAUUACGCCAAACGACUAUAGCGUCCCUCAUGCAGGGAACGAAGGCAUCAGCUCCCUAAACUGGAGUCCAACAGCGAAUAUCUUGGUGUCUAGCAAUUGGGACGCGGGUAUACGAUGUUGGGAAGUACAGGAGCAAGGGGGCCAAGUACAAGCUAACCCGAAAGCACAAGUCAAUCACGAAGGAAGCUCUCCUGUGCUCGACACUUGUUUCUCCGCGGACGGAAAUACUGUGUUUUCCUGCGGAGGUGACAAAGCAGUUCGUAUGUGGCAGCUUGGAUCCGCACCUCCAAACAACAUCCCCCAACAAAUCGGGGCACACGAUGCACCUGUCCAGGGUGUUGGAUUCCUACGUGCGACAAACAUUGUUGUGUCCGGGGGUUGGGAUAGAAAACUUAAGUUUUGGGACUGUCGACAGCCUACUCCGGUCGCGACUCUUGAUAUGCCGGAACGCGUGUACGCAAUGGAUGUUCGAGAUAAUUUGUUAGUGGUGGCAACGGCUGGUCGACAUAUUAUCUGCUACGAUGUUUCAGGACAGCCGCGGGAGUAUUUACGCAAGGAGUCGCCGCUUAAAUACCAAACGCGGUGUAUUGCGUGCUUUCCAGAUCAAAUGGGUUUCGCCGUUGGAAGUAUUGAAGGAAGAGUUGGAAUUCACUACGUACAGAAGGUAGCCGGCCGUGACAGUUUUGCUUUCAAAUGUCAUCGCCAAGACAGCAACGCAUAUUCGGUAAAUUGCAUCGCAUUUCAAAAGCAGUUCGGUACUUUUGCGACCGUCGGUAGUGACGGCAUUGUUAACUUCUGGGACAAGGAUAACAAGCAGCGUCUGAAAGGCUUCAAUGCGAUCCAGCGUACAAUCUCAUGUGCCGCUUUCAAUGAGCAAGGCAACUUGUUUGCAUACGCGAGCAGCUAUGACUGGAGUCAAGGGAGUAUGCACUUGCAACCUGGGAACGAGAUUUUUAUUCACAAUGUAGCCGAAGAUGAAAUUCGUCCGAAGGGCAAGAAAGCGAGCUAUAAACGAUAAAGCUACUUCUCUGUUGCCAACAAGAUGAGGUAGAUUUUAUAGACUUAACAUCUGCUCAGCCAAUAGUUGAUUGAACGCU